CGGACGUUGUGUUCCGAUCGAACUGGCUAUGUCGCUGCGCAACUUCGGCCGCAGCUGACUGUAGAAUACGAACUUGAGUUUUUGACCAGGGCAUCACUGUUCGCGUACCAACGUCAAUCUUAUACAAAAGCGCGAGGCAUGCCGUCCAAACGCCUUUGGGUUGUUAAUUCGCGACCAACUGUCUGCGACGACGCGACUUGGGAGAAGUGGUACACCACGGGGCAUCUGCCGGACAUGGUGAACCACAACGUGUCGACACGGGCAGCGUUCUACCGAGAGACGUACGACCUGCCGUCGCUGCAUGGCGCAAAUGAGCACAAGGUCUAUCCGAGGAAGUACCUGGCUGUGUACCAGACCGAACUCGAGGACCUGCUGGGCAGUGAGGAGUACAAGGGAGCGGUCCUCGACAACGGAGACUUUGAUGAGAGACAGUACGACCUGAUAUCAGAGUACGAUCCCAACAGCCUCGGCGAGACUCCGCCUCCAUACAUCCUCUACGUCGAGCUCGAGCACGACAACGGCGCUGAGCUGACUCAAUUCUGCGACUCAGAGCACUUCCCGCUUCUGGGAAAGGUGCCGGGCUACCGGCGGGGACUGCGAUACGGGCUCGGCCCGCGUACGGCGCGCACCCAGGGCGUGCCCGCGCGGUUCUUCACGGUGCUCGAGUUCGAGCGUGAGCACGGGCUCGAAGGAACCGAUGAGAUCAGAGCCGUCACCCAGACACCGUGGGCUCGGAAGGUAAUGACGGACGUCAAGUUUUCCGUCAUCAGGACGUUUGAGCUGAAGAAGAAGAAGAAGAAGAAGAAGAAGAUGAAGAAGAAGAAGAAGAAGAAGAAGAAGAUGAAGAAGAAGAAGAAGAAGAAGAAGAAGAAGAAGAAGAAGAAGAAGAAGGAUGUAGUAUUGACAAAGUUAAAGCCGGGGUGUGCGGGAAGAACGAAAGGGGAACAAUUGAUAGCCAAGUAA